AUACCUCAAUAUUUCCAUAAAUUUUGAACUGCGCGGUUGUUGCGGAGUGUAUUUUUUUGUUGUUUUUGCGCGAUCGGCAUUGUUGUUACGAAUAUUAUGCAUAUUGCAAUUACUGCCGCAAGAACUGCCACCAAAUAAAGUGCAAAUAGGCCAAUAAUAGCCAAACAAAAACAGCCAGCCACUACAGGGCUCACCUCAUUGUGAACGUGAACUGGGCGCCACACCACAAACCAUUGUGAGCCAGCAAAAUCCAACGAACGGUAACGUUAGCGAAACGGUAAUUAGGAAACAAGUGAAAACUACGCCCAUGCGCACAGCUGAUUAUUCAGAACCUAUCCCAUCGGUAAACGGAUUGUCGCUCCACUAAAAAACCAAAUCGCAACGGAAAUUGUAAUCAAUAGAAAAAAACUGUAAUAGAGGAAAACCAACCCCCCCGCUAAGCGCGGGCGUAGUCACGAAGCAACGAACAACGACACCAAAGCAGCAAGAAGCAGGAGAGUGGACGUGUAAAAGGAAGAGAAGAAGAGGGCACCCCCACAACACACAAACAAAACGCAAGGGAAAAUGUUACAGCUUCCCCGCCCUUCGCGGUCCACGCUUGAGUGUGGCCUAGCCGCCCUGGUUACAGUCUUGUUAAUGGCCUGGGUUCGACCACUUGGUGUGCUGUUCCUUGGCCUGCUCAGCUACUGGCUGUACUGGACGCGCUGCAGUUUUCGCAUCGUACUAACGCCCGAGGUGCGCAGCAAGUUUGAGUGUUGGGGACGGAGGGCCGACGAGUGGCGCAGGAACAGUCCGAGCAUGUUCUGCGUGGUAAGCAGUGGCUGCCUGGCCACCUUGGCCGUGCUGGGCCAUAUCAUAUCUGGAUCCACGGUGGUGCUGACACUCCUCGUGCUGUCCGCACUGGUCUCCACCAAGUUUAACUUUAAGCUGCUGAAGAUUGAGCACAAGGCGCAAGAUUUCCAGUGGUCAGAGAAGCUGAACUACAACAACCUGGAGGCGGAGGUGGAGGAUGAGUUCCUGCCCGAUGUGAAUGAGUCGAAUCUGUUUGUACUGGAGCGGGCCAGCGAUGUGGCCACGAUCAGUUCACCCACCGAUGUCGAGGAGGAGGAGGAGGACGAGCGCAGCGACGACAUACCCUCGGAGCUGCUCAUACCGGACGUGAUACCCGAGAUCGAUGAGCACUCCACGGACGAGGACGAUGAGCUGGCACCCCUCUCCCAGCAGAGGCGAGAGGUGGCUGCCAUUUCCGCCUCCCAACGGGUCCAGCCACAGACCGGCUCCUCCUCAGACAUGGACUUCCGCAAGGGUCACUUCAAGCGCGACUCUUCGCUGUCCACCACCUCAUCCUCGUCGGAGGAGAGCCUCUCGAAGGGUCUGCAGUUCCCCGAUCACACGACCGUCGAUGCCGUCGGUGGGCCCCAAUUGCGGCAAAUCACCUCUGGGCCCGCACACCAGAUCUCCGACCAGGCCAGCGAGCUGGUGGCAUUGGCCGUUAAGAGCCAGGCCCAAGCGCUGCUGGCCAACAGUGGCAAGCUGCUGCCCAGCCUUGUCUCCGGCCUGGUGCAGUGGGGUGCGGGUGCGGCUGCGGCUGCGGGUGCCAGCAAUGCUGUGGAGGCCGCGGUGGAUGGUGGAUCUCAGCCACAGCAGCAACAGCAGCGGCGCAUAGUCACCGCCUUGGACUCGUCCGAUGAGAGUGAUUUUGAGAUACUCGAAACGGAUGACUUUAAGUAAUCAUCGGUUCCGGCUUCAGCUACAGCUCCGAUUGCCGUAUUAUAAAGCUAUUACAGUAACUACAUGCAUAUACUACACACACAAACACACACACCCACACGCUACCAGAAGACGGGACGGGCACACACACACACACACGUACACACAUGAAGAUAUAUCCCUGGUGGAGAUUGUAUCCUCCUCCUGCUGCUGCAUGCAAGGUGACUUAACCUUACCACAGGUUGAAGUCUUGGCUUGUCUCCCCGUGCGUGUGGUGAAUAAGUUAUUGAUCCUCCCCCACAGCGGACAACGUCACCUAAAGCCACCUUGUUUGUGUGUGUGCGGCGUGUGUGUAUAAUUAAGUUUAAAUGUUUUUAUUAGUGAUCGAAACAGAUAGAUUUUUGUUUUAUUUCAACUGACUUGCGAUAGUGUGAACCCUUUAUAGUCGUUAAAUAAUUUGUCCGUUUUGUUUUGUUUCGACGGCCAUUUACGUUUACAUUUAAUAUCUUUUUUUUUUUUUGCCUAUGGUUUAUCCUAUUAUGCUUAUUAUAUAUUUAGUUUGUAAAUUGAUUUGUGUUUCACUUUGCUUACCCCCCAACGACGCUAAAUGCUAGAAACAGGAACAGAAGUGGGACAGACAGUAUGGAACAUGUACAUAAUGUACAUAUCCACCACACACAUGCACACAAACACACACACACAUAUGAACAUAAAUAUAUAUGUAUGUAUGUAUAACUGUAUGUAGAUGACAUUGUAAGGCCCUUAAGCUACUUAAUCUGAGUUCCAAUUCGAAAUCAAACCCAAAAACAACAACAAAAAAUAACUAAAAAUCAAAAGAAAAGAAAAUGCUGGCAUAAUGCAGGGCCUCCACGCACAGUGGCUAGCUGCAAUCUAAGCCCACUUUCCACACACGUGUUACAUGUAGCCCCCUUCCCCAGUUCCGGUGCUAUUUAUAGACCCAUAUAUACAUAUGUAUUUUAUACCCCAAUAUGACGAUAUCACGUGCACAAACAUAAUGCCCAUUAAAA